AGAGGGGGACAGAAUGAAUUCACCGCAGCUGCCACUUGGUCGGACGCGCGUGUUGUCUCCCUCCGAAUCGGAGAAAUCUCCGGCCGAUAGCCAUCCCGUCGGCGGCGGCGGCGGCGGCUUGGAAGCCUCUCUGGUCGGCCUAACCCACCAUCACCACCGCCGGUCGGUCGCCCUCCGAGACCGCGCUGAGAAAGCCAAGAGAGACGCGAUCAGGAGCGCGGUGGCGGCGUCGGAUCUGCUGGUGGAGGCGGUGAACGGAGGGGUGGAGGAUGCCUUCGUCAACCAGAAGCGCAUCGAGCUCGAGACUCGAGCUUUGGCCGCCACCGUCUCCCGCUUCGCGAAGCAGACCGAUCACUGGCUCGCCUCCACUCGUCCUCUUAACUCCGCCAUCAAGGAAAUUGGGGACUUCGAGAACUGGAUGAAGAUAAUGGAUUUCGAUUGCAAGAGCAUCAAUGCAGCCAUCCGCAACAUUCAUCAAGCUUGAUUUCCAGCACUCGGAAAUGGGAUCCAUCCCCAUUCUCUCUAUUCGCCUGUCGUCAUCUAUCCACACAUUUUGUUAGGGAAAGACGACUUCUUUUCUUUUGGGUGAUGCCGGAGGUGCUAGAGUCAGCUGGGACCAAAUGCGCCCUCCUAAGCAGGAAGGUGUACCUGGCUGGCAUUAGGAAAUUUGAUCUUUGAGAUAUUGCUUGUAGAUUGAAAUAUGCAUGGAAGCUAUAGUUAAAGUCUGGUUCUCUUUGGAACGCUGGCUCUGCAGUUAUCCUUCCAGUCAGGAUAGUUUCUGGGCUAAUAAAGCCGGAACGAACUCUGCUACUGCAUGGAGGGAGUCAAGAAAAGCUCGCGAAUGUGCUGAAACCUCGUAUUGUACACUUCAUUGGAAUGGUAAGUCGACAUACUUGUGGAAUGACAAUUGGCACACCUCGCGGUGUCUUGUUGGAGGCUUAUUCUUGAAGAGUUCUUUACGACGUGACGCUCUACCUUCUAAUGCUAAAAGUAGCUGAGAUUAUUCAAGGCAGUGACUGGCAUUGGUUUGAUGUUAGAUGGGAUGAUUUGGUAGCUAUCCAAGCUGCUCUAUGUGGCCCUUUGACUCCUAGCUCUGUUAUUGAUAAUGGAGUAUUGUGUACUGUUUCUAACUGUGGCACUUUGCAUUCUGCUACUGCUUGGAAUCUUGUGAGAUAGAAAGGUAUUUAAGUGGACUGGCAUAGGUUGAUCUGGUUCUUCCCUAAUGUACCUAAGUUUGCUGUGGUUUCCC